AGGAUCAAUUCCUGACUGGCUCGUACCAUUCUUGGUGACUUGCCAACCUAGCUAAGCUCGUUUCCCACACGUCUCGCUUGUCGCUAGCCAUACUUCGUCUUCUCUUGCUGGUCCUUUCAUUCAGGCUUUGUGCUGCCCGAAAAGACCCGGGAGGGAGACCUGAAGGCAUGGUCAUGCUUACAUGGAAGCUGUGCUUGAUUGUGGUGCUCCCAGUAGUCGCCGCCGCGGCACUACUGGUAACCCUUGCCGUCUGCAUAUGCCGCCGCCGCAGAAACAAGGACGCCAUGGUGGCGGCGGCGGUAGGAGGCGGGGAGAAGGUCCAAGAACCACCGUGGUUGGCCGGCCUCCGGUCGUCGAGGCCGCCGCCCGACCACCCGAUGUCGAUCAACCCGACCAUGACACGUAGCCCGACGCCGCCCUCGCCCUCGCCCUCGCCCGCGCCCUCGAACGCGCCCGGACACCACCGCUCGCACUCCCGCGCCAGAUUUUCCCCCCUGCGGCCAGGCCGGCCGGAGCGUGGCAGCGCGAGGCCGGAAGAGCAGGCGGUGAUGGAGGAUCCCCUCGCGUGUUACUCGCCGGCCAUCUCGGUGCUGCUGACCGAGCUUGACUACGAGCGGCUGGAACCGGCAAUAACGAACGACUUCGGACGGGAGUCCCUGCUGUGCCGGCGUGGUGGGCCCUGGCAGGUCGUGUUCACAGACAAGAAAUUUGUCGACGACAAAGGCUUGCUCACCACUGUUACCAUCAAGAGGUACCAGUACCACCGUACUUUCAGCGAGAAGGAGUGCAAGCGUAUCCGUGAAGAACUCAAGGGGAAAAAAACUCUACAACACAAGAACCUGGUCAGGCUGCUCGGGUACAGCUUGGGCAAAGGGCGAUUUUAUCUGGUUUUCGACUACAUGUCCAACGGCAACCUAGAGCAACACCUUUUCCCCAAGGCCGGCGGGCCGCCGGGCUUGUGCUGGCAGCACCGCUAUGGCAUCGUCAAGCAUGUCGCCCAGGGGAUCUACCCGCUUCACGUGAGCAACGUGACGCACGGCGGCCACGGGUCGAUCAGCGCGUCCAGCAUCAUGCUUGACCCGUACUACACCGCGUACAUCGACGACCACUUCAAGUUCUGGCCCGACCAGAGCAGCAGCGCCUCCAUACAGGAGGAAGGAGAUGCCGCCUUGCAGGCAGACAUCGCCGACUUUGGCGCGGUGGUCCUGGAGGUCGUGUGCGGCCGGCGCCGCGACGCCGCUGUCGUCGUCGGGAACGCAACGGCGCCCCUGGUUGACUGGGUCUGGACGCUGCACGGCGAAGGGAACCUGCUCCACGCCGUGGAACAGAACGUGGCGCUGGACGACGGGUUUAACCGACGUCAGGCGUCAAAGCUCCUGCUCCUCGGCCUCGCGUGCAGCCAUCCAGACCCGAAACUGAGGCCGAGUAUCCAUGAUGUGCGCAUGGUCUUGCUAGACAUGAAGCCGAUGCCAGAGGUUCCUUUGUCCAAACCCACACCAAAGCAGCAUCGGUGAACACAAUACAAGCGGUCGAUUAUACAAGUGAGUGCACAUGCAUUUUUCAGUUUUUAUCAUUCGCACGCGUCCAUGUGUUGAAAUAACUUGACGCUAUCGAAGUGUGGUGUUGUAAAUAUACUAGUAAUUGCACA